AGCGUGCAAUCAACUACUUGUGCUCAUUAUUUCGACGGUGUACGCGUACAUAUGCACCUUCCUCAUACAAGUGCCGUCGUUUGAAGAAGGUAGUCGCGGUGACUACCUCCCCGCCUCUGCAUCGUGGCAUCCAUUCGCGCAUGCCGUAUGUUCUAGGUUCAGCGACGAAGGUGGAGGUGAAGUCGUCGCGUUGUCGCACGGUGGUUGGGUGGUGUCGGCGUCUAGGGCGCGAGGGGUCGCCAAUCUCUCCGAACAUAGGACCUGUUGACUCAGAAGAUAUAUUGGGAAGCUGCUCACCAACAUCUACAACCACACACUUUGAAUCAUCGAUUCAAGCAAAAGAUGGACACAAAAAUCUUUCAAUGGGAGCGCACUGUCGCUUCGGGCAUCUACCUCAUAUCUUCCGACCGGUCGCUCCUUCCGUACACCUUCGUUCAGGAAGCCUACGGCACAGAGGCAAUGUUUUGGGCGAAACCGCUCUCUUUCACGGACCUGUCGACCAUGCUUGACAACAGUCUCACUCUCGGUGUAUACUCUGUUUCGGACGGCACCAAGAAGCCCAUUGGCAUGGCGCGCAUGGUUACCGACUACACGACGCUCGCCUACCUCACAGACGUCUACGUCGUCCCCGAACACCAAGGCCAAGGAAUUGGCAAAUGGCUCAUCGCCUGCUGUCGCGAGAUCUGCGUCGGAAUGGAGAAUCUCCGGUUCAUGGUCCUAUUGACCGGCAGCGAGCAAGCGCAAGCGCUCUACAGGAGGGAGUUGGGAAUGGCAAAGCUUGACGGGGUGGAGGAGGGGCUGGUUUGUAUGGGGGCUCGGCGGGCAAAACUCACCGAAGCAGCGGGCGCUCCGCCCUCAGCAUAGCGGGACCUACCGGUUUGCCGUGUACGCACGUAUGCAGUUCCCUGCCUUAAACAUGGACGACUAUUCCUCGCGAUCAGACGCUACAGUGACAGAAACGUGGUUUGAUGGUUGGUCUCGACUGAUGACAACGGCUAUCUUUGCUUCCGGCCUAGUCGCGGGUCCAUGCUGCAUGCAUGUCAUCUCUAGCGUAGAUAUCGCCAUCCAUUUUUCUUUAUCACCAUAGACUACUGGUCUGGCUCGCGCCCUCGGCCUUCUGGUAUGUUCCGAGUAAGCGGACGAGGCCUGAAG